ACAUUUGCGAAAAAAAUCGUGAGUUUCUCUUUGGUACUCAAUUUGUGAUGUAUGCUGCAGUGUUCGCCUGUCUCUUUGAACCAUGGUGACUCAAUACAGUCUUUCGUAACAGUUAAAAAAAUCAUUAGAAAAUGCCAGUUCCCCGCCGUAUUUAGUGUUCUAUGGCCUGUGAUGUCUCAUAAUCGUUAGAUCUUUAUACUCGUAAGCAUACACAAUGCACAUCGAAACGCUUAAUUCGGUCAAAAUUUGAAGAGUACCACGUCGAGAAAUGGGUUCCAGGCUAAGAGACACAGCUCGGCUGUUCGAAUUGUUUUGUGAAGUGUCACCUGGGGACCCCGAUAAAGAACCACGAGAGCCGUAUAUCAUCAGGAAAUAUCCAGAAGGACUCAGAACAGAGGAUGAACUAAAAGAUGUUCCUAAGUUCACAUUCCCCUGUGAAUUAGAUAGUACAUUCGUCCAGCACUAUUCGUUUGUGAUGACGGCUGUGGAUUCAAAGUAUACGUUUUGUUUCUGCCGAUACGACCCCAGAACGAACACCGCUCUAGUAAUAAUGUCUCACUUACCAUGGCACGACAUAUUUUAUAAAUUAUUAAAUAGUAUAUCGAACCUCAUAAACAGUCCAGAGAAGGGAGAGCUGACGUCGUUCCUCGAGGCGUGUCGGAUCCGGCCGCCGAUGAAAGACCACACGCUGAAAGUGACGUACAACGCGGGUCGGAGCGUGUUCUCUUGCCAAAACCCCGACGGCCGGCUUCCGAGCAUCCCUGAAAAUUGUAACUUAACGGAAUACUUCAGCGCGGUAGACACAAAAUGCAUGGCAGGGUUAUGGGCAGCAUUACUACACGAGAGACGAGUCGCCAUCGUAGCAUCCAAGCCCUCCCGGUUAUCGGCGUGUGUCCAGGCGGCCAACGCGACUUUAUUCCCGAUGUCGUGGCAGCAUAUAUUUAUACCGAUUCUGCCUAAACACUUCGUGGAUUAUCUGUUGGCGCCAAUGCCGUUUCUUAUUGGAGUUCCAGCUAGCGUUAUGAAUACUGUAAGGAUGUCGGAUAUAGGAGACGUGGUCGUAUUAAAUGUAGACAAAAACGAACUGAGAUCUCCCUUUCAAGACUUAGAAAGUCUUCCGCCUGAAUUGGUAUCCAGUUUGAAGAAAGCUUUAAGUGAUAAGAAUGCAUUAGGAGACGCCGUGUCGCGUGCGUUUUUACGGGCACUGGUUGGUUUAAUAGGAGGGUACCGAGACGCUAUAAGAAUCGAAAAAGGUCAACAAAUAACGUUCAACCCUGAGGCUUUUGUGAGAACUAGAAAAAAUAUGCAACCAUUCCUUAGAAAAAUACUACAAUCACAAAUAUUUCAACAGUUUAUAGACGAAAGGUUAGAAUUGCUCAAUUCCGGCAGAGGCUUUAACGACGAGUUCGAAGUUGAAUGUAACGCCUACGCCGACAAACUAGGGACGGGCAGCGGCCAACGACUGAAACAGCAGUACAAAGACUGGGCCAAGACUGUGAAGAAAGAAGGCGGUGCCUUCUUUAAAAAUUUCAAAGAUAAGGCGAACCCCGCGGUACAGUCAGCUGUCAACACGGUCCGGCAAGGAGGUAAAAACAUGAAGUCAGCAGUAAAGGGUCUGAAGAAUAAAAUACCCAAGACUGGUUCACGGCCGUCGUCAAUCAAUACUACGGAUGACAGCAGAUUCUCAUGCGGCUCCGUAACGCCAGUCUCCUCGAAUUCCUCGGACUCGUCGCCGUCCCGCGAGCCGGCGCCGCGCGACCCCGCGCCGCAGCUGCCCCUAGACCUGCUCACGGAGAUGGAGCACCUGUUCAAGAACAAGUCCCGCCGGGACAGCCUGCCGACCAGCCCGCACAACCAGCUGAGUCUAGCCGACAAAUCCAAAACACUGUCACCAAGUGUCCCACCCCGGUUACCGGAUCGUCCCCAACUCCCCCUCCGUUACCCAAUAAUUUCCACGAGGAAGUUGAUAGACCUGUCCGACGCGCCCGCGCCGCCUCCCCGCGCGCAGCACCACGCGAACCACUCGCAUUUCGUCACUAACAUCACAAAAAACAGUGACGCGAGCGAUUUCCACACGAGCACUAUUCAGUUUACGGAGGGCAAGGAGAAGGGCAAGCUGAAGCUGACGAUGUCGACCACGCAGAGGAAGCUGUCGGACAGCUCGCCCGCGCCCCUGCCCGCGCCCAACGGCUUCAAGCCGCCGCCCGCGCACGCGCACGCGCACACGCCCGCUCAGGAACCAAAUAGCUUACCGAGGCCCGUGGCCCGAAACCUACACAUACCGAAUAGAGGAAAAACUCAAGAGUCGUGUGAGUCCACUGAUCUCAUAAAACUGGAUGAUUCGCCGACGAAUCUAGAAGAUUUCGAUCCUCUCAAGUGCCGUGAUAAAAAUGAUAAAGUGGAGACGAACAAAGCGACGGACAGUGCUCUCUUGCACGAGUACGGGCUGGACUUUAGCCAGUUCGGGUUCGGGCUGCUGGAGGCGCCCGCGCCGGGCUCCAGCGCGGAGGCCCCGCCCUCCGCCGUGCCCAAGGGCUGGACUACCUUCAACUGAGUGAUUCGCUAUACUUUCCUGUAUAUUUUGGUGUAUAUAUAGUCCCGAGCUAAUUUAAUUAUUUAUUUAUUGCUACGACUACUUAUUGUAGCCACGGAGUUUGAGCAACAUACUCAUUCUUUAGAUCGAUAUUGAUGUACAUAAUGUGACAUAUCAAUGAAAUGUAAAAUAUUGUGUUGUUAACACGUCUUAGGUAAAGUUUUCUGUAUAUGUGUCGUAGGUUAAUGUAAUGUAAUGUAAUGUCAUAUGUAUAUUCAGAUAGAUCAAUUCUUUGUAUGUGCAGAAUAGUCAAUAUUUUUUCAAAGAUCUUCCAUGUUGUUAUUGUUUCGGUUUUAACAUUUUAUACCAAUA